CAAGAGCACCGCUGCAUUGACCGGCAUGCACCGGGGCUGCUUGACAGCUCUCUCUGUCAGGAGCUGUUUACUGCGGUGCUGACGGCGCUAGAGGACUGACCGCUCACCUUCUUCUCUCUCUCUGCAUUGGAAAGAGACACCAUGGCGCUGAGCCUGCUGGAAAGGGCUCAGGUGUGCUUCUUCAGAGCCUUCGCGGCCUUUUUCUUCAGGCUUUUUCAGCUAUUCUCCGGCAGAGCCGCUUCCUCCAGGAACAAGCUGCCGCCCGUUAGCAACCCGCUGCUGCUCCUGCCGGCCACCCAGCUGGCCAGGAAGAUACGACGAAAAGAGGUGACAAGUGUUGAGGUGGUGCAGACUUUCAUUGACAGGAUUCAGGAAGUCAACCCUUUCUUGAACGCCGUUGUGAAGGACAGGUUUGCUGCUGCGCUCCAGGAAGCAGCCCAGGUGGACAAGCUGAUUGAAGAGGAGACCGGAGGAGAGGAGGUUUUAGAGGACCGCCUACCCUUCCUGGGAGUCCCACUGUCUGUGAAAGAGUCAUAUUCUCUGCAGGGCAUGCCCUUCACUACAGGUUUGGUCUCCAGGCGAGGGAUUGUUGCCACAGUCGAUGCCCCUCCAGUUGCUUUGCUGAAGAGAGCGGGGGCCAUACCACUGGGUGUCACCAACAUCAGCGAGCUGUGCAUGUGGUCCGAGUCCCACAACCACCUUUAUGGCAUUACCAGCAACCCCUAUGACUUGGAGAGGAUCCCUGGAGGAAGCUCAGGGGGGGAGGGCAGCAUCCUGGCCGCAGCAGGAGCCGUCAUUGGCGUGGGCUCGGACAUCGGGGGCAGCAUCCGCAUGCCCAGUUUUUUCAAUGGAAUUUUUGGCCACAAAACCACUCCAGGUGUUGUGUCCUGUGAGAACCAGUACCCCCCAACCUCUGGCAGAUGGUCAGAGUACCUCAGCUCUGGUCCAAUGUGCCGCUAUGCUGAAGACCUUCUGCCGAUGCUGAAGAUUAUGGCAGGACCCAACGUCAGCAUGUUGUCUUUAAACACAAAGGUGGACCUAAAGAAACUGCGGUUCUUCACCAUCCCCCACGAUGGCGGCUCUGUGUUCACACAUCCUGUCAGCAAAGAGCUUAUGGACAUUCAGAGAAAGGUGGCAGAGCGUCUGGAAUGCGACCUAGGAGUCCAAGUCCAAACAGUGUGUUUACCUGAACUUCGCUAUAGCUUCCAGAUCUGGGACAAAUACAUGGGUCUUCCUGAUAAAGAGGGCAAACCUCCCAUAAGGUUUGCUGAGCUGAUGGGGGAGCCCGGACGUCCAGCAUGGCCUCUCUGGGAGUUGCUUAAAAGGAUGGUGGGAAAGUCGGACCACACAAUGGCUGCUAUCUUGUUGGGUCUGAUCGAGAUGAUCCCAAUAUCCCAACCUGCAGCCUUCAUUGUCCCAAAAAAGGAGAAGCUGCAGAAGGACCUAGAUGAGAUGCUGGGCACGGACGGGAUCCUUUUGUACCCCUCUCACCCCAGAGUGGCACCCAAACACCACCACCCUCUCUUCAGGCCCUUUGACUUCGCCUACACUGGUAUAUUGAACAUCCUCGGGCUGCCGGUUACCCAGUGUCCUCUGGGUUUGGGCGAGGAAGGUCUGCCCUUGGGGGUGCAGGUUGUUGGAGGUAAGAUGCAGGACCAUUUGACCCUGGCUGUAGCGGUGUACCUGGAGAAGACAUUCGGAGGCUGGAGGCCCCCCGGAGCAAACUAAAACAACGGGACCAACACUGUCGUGAUUGAGGACUGUGCAAUGAACGCCCCUACGACCAAGAGGUUUUUGUACUGACGAAAUCAUUCCAGCAAAUGCUUCCGUUUUAAAAGAACAGCUAUAUGCACAGCAUUGCCAUCAAUACAAAAGACAAGGUUUUACCCGGCUGUACUUUACAUUACUACCUACUUUGCACUCACUGCUUUGUGCUGGACAUUUUCUCUGCUUUCACCUGAGUUUCAUACAAAAAAGCUGCCUUUUGUGUUGGAGAGCUUUACCGAAUCAGAAGACUGUUGAAUGUGAAGUCGCACUUUGUUCACGGAUCAAGAAAACUGGAACCCACUGAAGUAUUUGAAGCGAGAAAGCCGUCUGAUGCGCCAAAGGAAACAAAAGCUGCGUGUGCUGUGCAAGAACAGGCAAAACCGUUAAAUCAAAAAGACUUUAGCAAUGUACUUUGACACACCUAUGAAGACCAUUCACCUGCUGUGGCACUUGUUUUAUGUUGCAACUUGUUUAGAUAAACCAAAAGUCAGACAAUUUUUGGUGUUUGUGCUUUCUUAUUUCAACCGCAGAUUAUUUGAGCAAAAUGUAAUCUGAAUAUUCUUGAUGCAACACUUCUACAAGCUGUUUACAAUAAGCUAAAAGCUGCAGAUGUUAUUAAACCUAAAUGUUGAUAAAGUGAGUUUAAUCCA